AUGUUUAUUCCAUCAUUAUUAUUGACAACAAAAAUACAUAUGAGUUGUUUCUAUGUUUUAAUGAUUAUUUUCCUUAAAUUAUCCUGCGCAUAUAUUAUUGAUUCAAAUGAACUAGCAAAUAAUCAAAUCGAUCAACCAAUUGGAUUACAUAUACCUUCAUAUUAUGAUCGUUUUGUUCGUACAACAAAAUUUCCACGCAUUGGUCGUUCAACACUAACUGGUGACGAAAUGGCUUCUCUCUUUGAUCUUAAUGCGAGUACUAGUAGUGAAGAACGCUAUGAUGAUCAUAGAAACCACGAUAGCCAAUUGAGAUUGAUCGAACAACGCAGUGUCUUUUUUCCACGUAUUGGUAAACGUGCAUUUCAUAGUUUACUUUGGUCAAACAGCCUAUCAAAUCCACAUCGUAUGUUAGAUUCCGAAGGCCGAUAUUAUACCAAUGGUUAUGAUUAUCAUGUACAUCAGCCACCACCAACAACACUAGCAGUAUUACGUUAG